AUGUCGUCUCCCACUUCUCAGUACAACAUUAGUAACAGGUCUCAGACAAAUACCAAAAAUAAGACUAAUAGUGAUUUGGCAACACAUGACUCUCAAAGAAUGUCUGACUCCUCAAUAUCGUCGUUACUUAAUCCAGACGCUGGGAAAACAAACAGCCGUCAAAACUACUACAAUUAUGAUGAAGUCAAAUCAGAAGAUAGUUAUUCUCAAAAUUGGCGUCGUUUUUCUGCGCCAAAUUUAUCUUCGGAAUCAAUGAACGACUUGACUAUAAUAAAUUAUUGUGGAAAUCCGGGCGAUAACCAGGAUAAUACUAGCAAGAAUCCUCAACAUAUUCCGAGCACGUUUUCGCAUUCGACACCUUCGUCACCUAAAAGUACAAAUAAUUUUUAUCAAUCAACGACAAAGAAAUCAGCUGCUGAUAGUGCUGCCGUAGUCCAGUCUUCGAUGAAAUCUACAUCACGAUCAAAUUAUCAAUUUCCAACGAAUGAUACCACCAAUAAUAAUGCUCAUCAUAUCCCUCCAAAAGUCAAACGCAAGAGAUUUACCCAAGAACAAUUAGUCGAUUUGAUCGCAAUGUUUGAGCAAACGGACACGCCGAACUAUGAAAUUCGCGAUAAAUUAGCAAAGAAACUUAAUAUGACUAAUCGUGAAGUUCAGGUUUGGUUUCAAAAUCGACGUGCAAAAGCCAAUCGUGCAAAGGCUAAUGAACCCAAUUCGUCCAAUCACCAUCACCACCGUUUCUUGCAUCAUCAUUCGGUUACACCAGCACAAGCUGCUAGCGGCCAUGCGUCAUCAGUGAGCAGCAUGCCAACACAAAGUAAUUAUACCUUCGUUCCAAUGUUCGCCGAUGGAAUUCCAUCAUCUGGUAGCCAUCAUUCAAAGGGAUAUAAUGGUCGGCGACAUUCAGCUUCUGCGUCAUCGAAGAAGACUUCGAAUAAUUCAUCACAGACAAGGCCUCGAGCCACAACUGUCUCACACGUACCAGCAACAGCAACAACCACAUCUUCAUCCCAUAAUGCUAAUUCAUUUGCUUCGUCGUCGUCGUCAUCUCAUAAUUUGCAACCUCAACAACAUUCAUCACAGAAGUUAACAGUUAAAAUUUUGCCUUAUAAUCCCGAUAAUAAUCAACAAAAUCAAUACCAUCUUCCCGUCUCGCAUCAAUUUAAUUCUCUAUCCUCUUCACCCACAACACCAAGCUCUCCAACCACACCACCAAAUACACCCCCUCCAAAACAAGUUCCAAUUUUACCACCCCCAAUCCUAUCUCAAUAUCCUCCUAGCAAUUAUAAUGCAUAUCUUCUUACUUCGAUAAAUGAUCUCAAUCAGAUGAAUAUUGGC